AUGGCGAAGGGAGUCAAGUCAGCGGUACCAGCAACGCCGGCCAAGUCGAGUGGAACGCGCAACGAGACUUCGGUGCGCUCCGGAAGCUCAUUCUCGACCCCUACGACGGAUCGGAUGGAGUCGAUUGACGAGCGUUCGGUGAGCUACGACACGGCGAUUGAUUCCUCGGACGCCAAAGAAAAUGACGAAGAUGAUGACUGGGAUGUCCGGACAGCGAUAUCCGAGACUUCGGAAGCUGCGGUUGUGUCGGCAAACCGUAGUGGAGGAUCGAGGUCGAUCACUCGCGACCUUUCCGAAACGUUCAACGACAUGCCGGGCCCCGAGCCCGCCUAUGACGCGGAUGACGGUGCGACCGAGGGUUUUAAAGCCUCGGUGGCGGUAGGAGGGACAACCUCCAAGCCGGUUGGCACUCGGCCUCCCCUCAACGGCGAUAAUCCGGCGGCCAACAAGGUUCUAGGCCGAUGCCUGGAGCUGAUGAAGACCAAGCGCGAGUGGAUGCAGUUGUUCUCCCCGAAGCAGGUCCGCCAGGCCAUCUGGAUGGACCUCGGAGGGGCGUUGGCCACGCCAAUGAACUUGACGAGCACUAGGCAGGUCGCUCAGAACACGGUGGACCUCAUGCGGGCGAUGGGGUGGAGGAAGAAGCUGCGCGACGCCUUUGGAGUGGCGGGCCGAGGCUCAACGAAGCUUCGUCCGGCCCCGGAAGCGGUUAACCCCUCCAAGGUCCCGCUACCAGUGACCCCUCGGAAGGCAACCACGGAUGACGGGGUCUUCGCAGUCACGGGCGAGGCCUCGCCUUACAUGCAAGACUCGCACAUGGUAACCCCACGAUCUACGGACCGUAGUGAACGUCUGGCUAGGGAGACCGAGGUUUCGUACGCAACGCCUGGCACGCGCGGGGCAACCGACCGCCGGUCCAGCCGCCAUUACGACCUCCGAGAUGACUCGUCGGACAGUGACGAUGAUCUCGGGCCCGACUGUUACGAGGGCGAUCUGCCGAGCGAAUGGGCUCCUCAGGUGCGCGAGCUGAGCGCGACUGACAAUCAGAGCUCAACCUCGAAGCUCGAGAUUGUCACGCAUCUACCCCUCGCCAGCAUCAAGCCGUUCUUCGGGACGCGCGACAAGAGCGAGCACUCCAUGCAGUGGCUCCCAACGUUCAUCUAUGAAAUGAAGGGAACGCAUGCUUCACCUGUAUGCCCUCCCACGCAAGACGAGACGCUCGUGGAAGUUGCUGAGCGAGGCGUUCAUCAAGUACUACUGUUCGAAGUUUCCCAGUCUGCGAAGGCUCGGUAUCACUCGGCCAAGCAAGAAGACAAGGAGCACGUAUGUGACUACCUCAACCGGCUUAACGGCUACGCUCGCAACGCCGGCGUGCAGUUUGAGAACGGAGGACGUGACGCGAAGGACCAUGUCGAACACUUCUUGGUUACGUGUGAUGACCGAAACUUAGAAGACCGUCUGUGCCACGUUCGGGUCAAGAGCAUUCAUGACCUCGAAAACAUGAUCAACGACAUUCUGCGUCACCGCGACCGAAGUCGACCCGCGAAUCAUCGUUCCACCGCUCCCGCAGUCAAGAUGACAGUCGCCGUCGCGACGCAAGGUCGAACGAUGAUUAUCGAAGUGGUUAUCGCCGUGAGCGACGUUACCGCGACGAGGACCGCCGCGAACGACGUUACCGUGACGAUGACCGCCGCACCGAUCGUCGUGAUGACGACCGCCGGCGUGACCGACGUGACGGGUCACCGCACCGGCUCGGUCGGUGCACGCAACGAGGCUCCAUACGCCCCCCGACGUGAUGCUGAGGCGAACGAGGAUUACUUCGAGGAUGAGCGCCAAUACUCGGGUGACCAACGCUCGGAUGAGGAUUCAGACGCUGAUUACGACUCGGAUGGGUCUACCGGACAUGUCGCUGCCGCUAACGAUGCUGAGCGCAGGGCCGCAGCCGAAGGAAAUUAG